CCCAGACCACACAGCUGUGCCCAUCCCUGCCCGGCUUCUCCUGGGCCUGUGGGACCCCUGGGGCCCCUCGUUGCUCCCCGAGACCCGGACAGCCGGCGCCUCUCGUCACAAUGAACAUUGUUCUCUCCAGGGACAGCCAGGUGCGGGGCAUGGAGAACACGGUGACCAACGCCGAGAAGUACUUCGGCCAGUUCUGCUCGCUGCUGGCCGCCUACACCCGCAAGACGGCCCGGCUGCGGGACAAGGCCGACCAGCUGGUCAGACAGCUUGUCGACUUCGCCAACACCGAGACCCCCGAGCUGCGGGCCGCCGUGAGGAGCUUCGCUGAGGACCUGGCCAAAGUGCAGGAUUACCGACAGGCCGAGGUCGAGAGGCUGGAGACCAAGGUCGUCACCCCCCUGAAGCUCUAUGGGGCGCAGAUAAAGCAGACCCGGGCCGAGAUCAAGAAAUUCAAACGCGUCCGGAAUAACGAGAUCAAACAACUGGAAAAGCUGGAGAAACUGAGGCAGAAGUCGCCCUCGGACAGGCAAAUGAUCUCCCAGGCAGAGACCAGGGUGCAGAGGGCCUCAGUGGACGCCAGCCGCACCACCCAGCAGCUAGAGGAAACGAUCGACACCUUCCAGAAGCAGAAGCUGAAGGACCUACAGAAAAUUUUCUCAGACUUCAUAACCAUCGAGAUGGUCUUCCACGCCAAAGCGGUGGAGGUGUAUUCCAGCGCCUUCCAGGCCCUGGAGAGCUACGACCUGGAGAGAGACCUGGAGGAUUUUAGAGCCAAGAUGCGUGGAGUCUAUGGGCUGUACGACCCUCGGCCGCUCACGGACACCGCGCCCUCCCUAGCCAGCCUGGGGUCUCUCGCCGGCCAGAGUGCUGAGAGCCCCAUACGGAACCAGAGAAAAGAAGAGGAGGCGAGUGAGGACAACUCUACCGACGAGGACCCCGUGGAGGACCUCAGGGGACAGAGGCAGGGACUCCACCAAUAGGACGAGAACCCCCCAGUCGGAAAAAUGGGGCUGGAUGCUGGGGGCGGGGGGUGGCUCCGCUGUGUGCCCUCGGGAGAGGCACUUGCCCUGUGAGCCUCAUCUCCUCAUCCGGACGACCGGGACAACACCGCUGGCCGCCCAGCCACUGAGGACAAACCCACUCCACUGCUCCCAGGGCAGCCUGUGCAGACGUCUCCUGCGGGAGGCAGGCGGGCACCCGCUGACUCCACGACAUUGAACACAACUGCGAAACAGCUUUGAUUUCAGCACGGUUCUGAGGUCUUCAACCUUGAAACUUUCUCAGCCUUAAAAUACGGUUUGUGGAACAUCACCUAGCGGGACCCAAGAUCACAGGACCGUGACGCGGGGGACACCGGCACCCCGACGCACCCCUGGCCGCUAACGGCCACGUCUGGAUGUGGCGAUGGCACGUUCAGGUCCAAGACGAACGGGUGAAAGAGAAACCAGGACGAGUGUGGGGGGCCCCGUGGGAUGUCCCAGCAGAGGCCGCAGCUUCCAACAAAGGCGGCACAUCGACCAAGCGCCAACACUUAUGUUAUCUAAGGGACACGCCUGGCGGUUGCAGUUCCAGCAUCUCUAGCCGUCAAAUGUUCGGCUUGUCUUUCUCAAGGCGCCCACCGGAAGCGAGGUUUGCUUGUGACCUCGCUGGGCUCCGGGACAGGAGAGAGGUCGGGACCCCUCCCGGAUUGAGCCUCACUCCCGACGGCGAGCCCUCCUUGCUGUGGACCCCUGGGGGAGAUGCACCCACUGCAUAUGUCUCCCUUCUCUUCUCACGACACAUCGUCCGGGGCCAGGAGGGGACAGGCAUGGUCUCCCAAUUCCAGGAUGUGCCAGCGGGCCAAAGAGGGUUUGCCAACGGAGACCUGUUUCUUGUUAAAGUGCAGACACUUUCGGGGUACCCGGGCGAGCUCCAGCUGGCCACUCACUCUGGGCCGACUGUGCCCUGUGGAAGCCCAGAGUCGGCAGGUCGAGUGAGGAUCUGGGUUCAACCCCCACUGCACGGAUGGCCUGCCGGAGUGUGUGCACGGAAGUGAUGGGAAGAUGGGCAAACCCAGACCAGCCUCACUCUCUCCUGGAGAUGACAAGCGUCUCCCUUUGCAACAGUCCUGGGAGUACUGCCCCACGGAAGUCUCGGGGACACCUGAGUCCCCUGGACACGGUGAGGGUGGGGUUACAGCCUUGAGCUCUUCACUCAUCUCACUGCUCGGAGCUUAGACAGACAGGCUGACUCGAGACACGGGCCAGCACCAGGCUCCCAGGGAACGAGGCAUCGGCCCCCUGGAGACACCCGUCCCAUCCAUUCCCGAGAAGUACAGGGCACGAGGCCCGGGGACAGCAGGGGAGGCCGAGGUGCAGGAUAGGGCCCCGCGUGAGCCCACCCCAGAAGAUGGUCCUUGUGUUGAGGGUAGUCGCUGGGUGUGAACAAUCUGGAAAUGACUCAGCCAUUUGCUUUCUGGCAAAACAACACAUUCCUAUUCCUGGCCACACGGUGACAAGGACAUACCGGGACGUGUGGCCUGUGUGGCUCAAGCAGGCCCUGGCUCUGUCUGAGGUCUGCACACUGUACGGCAGUCAGUUGGGGGCACUUCCCGCCAAUGCACUUCCCUUUGCCCUGAGACUCAGCGGAAAGCUUCCCCAGUGAGACUCAGCCUCAAGAACCAGAAAAAGGAAUCAAGGAUUUACAGGUGAACUGGGUGGGACUGAGCCCUCUGAGCAAACGCUUCAGGAGAACGAGGAGGCUGGUGGGGGCCCGAGGGAGCGAGACCCCACCCGCAGCCUUGCCUCCGGCUGAGGAAGGGGAGAGGAGACACUGGCCGAGACCACAGGCCGGGCGGGCCCAGGGGGCUGCUCCGCCGCUCCCCAAGGUUGGGGCUGGGCCUCGCUGCCCUCCUGCCUUCUC